AGCAUCACCGACGCCGUCGAAAUGGCCACCGAGCGUGAAAGCAAGACCUUCCUGGCCCGCCUCUGCGAGCAGGCCGAGCGCUACGAUGAGAUGGUCACCUACAUGAAGGAGGUGGCCCAGCUCGGCGGUGAGCUCAGCGUCGACGAGCGCAACCUCCUCAGCGUCGCCUACAAGAACGUUGUCGGCACCCGCCGUGCCUCGUGGCGCAUCAUCUCCUCCAUCGAGCAGAAGGAGGAGUCCAAGGGCUCUGACAAGCACGUUGCCACCAUCAAGGAGUACCGCAGCAAGAUCGAGCUCGAGCUCGAGAAGGUCUGCGAGGAUGUCCUCAACGUCCUGGACACCAGCCUCAUCCCCAACGCCGCCACCGGCGAGUCCAAGGUCUUCUACCACAAGAUGAAGGGUGAUUACCACCGCUACCUUGCCGAGUUCGCCUCUGGCGAGAAGCGCAAGGUUGCUGCCACUGCCGCUCACGAGGCCUACAAGAACGCUACCGACGUUGCCCAGACCGAGCUGACUCCCACUCACCCCAUCCGCCUGGGUCUCGCCCUCAACUUCUCCGUGUUCUACUACGAGAUCCUCAACUCCCCCGACCGUGCUUGCCACCUUGCCAAGCAGGCCUUCGAUGAUGCCAUCGCCGAGCUCGACUCUCUCUCUGAGGAGUCCUACCGCGACAGCACUCUCAUCAUGCAGCUCCUGCGUGACAACCUGACCCUGUGGACCUCAUCCGACAGCGGCCGACAGAAAGCACAAACGAACGCCAAGGAACAACAAAGAACAACACCGGAACCCGCGAAUGAAGACGCACAAAGAAAAGGAAAAAGAUGA